AUGAUCCUCCAUAAGAUUGAGGACGUGCUAAUGUGCAAGGUGUUUGCAAUGACCUUGCGAGGAGCAACCCAAGAUUGGUUCCACACCUUAUCAUCCGAGUCGAUCAGCAGCUUCAAGAAGCUGGCUUACAUCUAUACCAAAGAAUACACCUCUUACUGGACAAUCAAGAAGAACCCUAACCACUUGUACAACCUGCGCAAGAAGUUCGACGAAUCCCUUCGAGUUUACAUCAACAGAUUCAAAGCAGAAAAUGCCAACAUUGUAGGAUGUGACGACCGAUCACGUCAUCUGCUUUCAAGAAAGGCCUUCCAGCUGAACACGACUUGUACCGCGAGCUGA